AUGCAGACUGCUUCUACAAACAUUUGUGAAAGACUGUGCAAUAAGUCCAUCCGUGACAUGUCCUUGUUACUAAAUAUUCCACGCUCAACUGUUAGUGGUAUUAUAACAAAGUGGAAGCAACUGGGAACAACAGCAACUCAGCCACCAAGCGGUAGGCCACGUAACAUGACAGAGCGGGGUCAGCGCAUGCUGAAGAGCACAGUGCGCAGAAGUCACCAACUGUCUGCAGAGUCAAUAGCUAAAGACCUCCAAACCUCAUGUGGCCUUCAGAUGAGCACAACAACAGUGCAUAGAGAGCUUCAUGGAAUGGGUUUCCAUGACCGAGCAGCUGUAUCCAAGCCUUACAUCACCAAGUGCAAUGCAAAGCGUCGGAUGCAGUGGUGUAAAGCACGCCACCACUGGACUCUA